UCCCUCUCUUUUGGACAUUGGACUAAAUGUCCCAUGACGCUCCGCGGCUUUUUCCCCCAUUGGGAAAGCCGGGGAGAGCGGCGAACGGCAUGACGGGAGCUGUAGGCCUCGCGUUCUGAGGGGAAAGUAGCGACCAUGGCGGCGGCCUUCCCCAAGGCCCCGAAGAAGCCCGAGGAAGCCGGCAAGGCGACGGAGGCGGCCGUGCCGCUGCAGUACAGCCUCCUGCUGGAUUACCUGGUGGGCGAAAAGCGAGGCCCGAGGCCGGAUUUCCCGCCGGGCGUCCUCGGAGGCUUCCCGGCGCCCGUCAAGAGUCCCGAGCAGAAGAUGGUCGAGCGCGCCAUGGAGAGCUGCGCCUUCAAGGCGGCGCUGGCCUGUGUCGGCGGCUUCGUGCUGGGGGGCGCCUUUGGCGUGUUCACCGCUGGCAUCGACACCAACGUGGGAUUUGACCCGAAGGAUCCGUACCGCACACCGACAGCCAGAGAGGUCUUGAAAGAUAUGGGGCAACGGGGCAUGUCGUACGCCAAAAACUUUGCCAUUGUGGGUGCCAUGUUCUCCUGCACUGAGUGCCUGGUGGAAUCUUACCGAGGCAAAUCCGACUGGAAGAACAGCGUCACCAGCGGAUGCAUCACCGGCGGGGCCAUCGGUUUCAGAGCUGGCCUGAAAGCCGGGGUCCUCGGCUGCGGGGGCUUUGCCGCCUUCUCCGCAGUGAUUGACUACUACUUACGGUAGCAGCUGGGGCCUACCAACCAGGACCUUCCAAUCUCGGCUGCGGAGGGACAGCAGGCCCGGUGGGCAUCUCGAGCCCCCCGUUAACCCAGCCGGUGAGAAUCCCAAACCCGCCACGGUUAGGGAAACCACGGAGGAAGAAUCCCCCUUGGUCAGCUCUUGAGACCUUCUGCUUCGAUUCUGGAAACGAGCAGCUGGGAUAUUUUAUAUUUUAUCGCCCUUCCCUCCCAAAAGAGUAUCUUUUAAGUUCUGCCGGCGUUUGGAUUGGGAAGAACACAAAACGUUGCCUUGUCGUUGUUUUUUCCCAACGUGUCCCACAUUUUUUUUUACCCACAGUCAAGUGGUAACCGGCUAAUAAAACGGGAACAGUUUUUUCAAUUUUCAGAGGUUUUGGAGUUGUAAAUGUUCAGCAGUUUGUGGCUGGAACUCAGAUGGCAGCUGGGGGGCUCUUGACGGUGUCGGCCGAUCGACUGCCAGCCGCCUCUGGAAUUCGUCCUCAGGUUACGACAAUUGAAUCCCAACGUGUUUGUGUGGCUCAGCGUUUUACGACUUUUCCGUUGGCCCCGUUUUACGACCUUUCCUGCCAGGGUUGUUAAGGGAGUCACUGCCAUGGUUAAGUUAGCAGCACGAUUGUUAAGUGAAUCCGCCCCCCCCCUUUUGCUUUGCUUCCGAGAAGGUCACAAAAGGGAAUCACACGAACCCGGGACACUGGGACCAUCGUAGAUAUGAAUCCGCUGCCAAGCGUCUGACUUUUGACCCUGGGGAUGCUACGACGGUCGUUAAGUGUGGAAGACGAUCAGAAGUCGCUUUUUCUCCGCGCCAUUGUAACUUCAAAUAGUCACUAAACAAAUGUAAUAUUUGCAGCAAAGGUUGUUUUUGACGGGUAAUAAUAAUAAAUAAAUAAAGUUGGAAGGGACCUUUGAGGUCAUCUAGUCCAACCCCCUGGAAACCCUA